GCUGUGGCGGAGGACAAGUGCACUUUUGCUCCAGGAGCCAGUCGUUUGCUGUCGGUCUUUGUUUGGGAGAGGGCAGGAUGUCUAACAACAUGGCCAAGAUUGCAGAUGCUCGAAAAACAGUAGAACAGUUGAAACUGGAGGUCAACAUAGAGAGGAUGAUGGUAUCCAAAGCAGCAGCUGAACUGAUGGCCUACUGUGAAGCUCAUGCCAAAGAGGACCCGUUGGUGGCUCCAGUGCCUUCAUCUGAGAACCCGUUUCGAGAGAAGAAAUUGUUCUGUGAAAUCCUAUAA